UAAUAUAUUUAAACGACAAUAAGUGAGGUUAUAUCUUUCUCUAUUUCAUAGUCAAAAUUGAACAGAAAUAAGAAUUAAAUUUUUGUCAUUGUAGUAAUAAAAAAUGCUGUUAUCUAACCUCACUUUUUAUACAAAAUCAAGUCAAAGGUUAUUGCUUGUAAUCGCUCUUAAACUUUUAAGACACAACGAUCAGAAACUUUUUACAUCUAAUUCAAUCAAAAUGAACCGACCAAAAGUUUUGAUCACUCGUCCAGACAUUCCUGCUGGCGGAUUAAAUUUAUUAAAAGAACAAUGUGAUGUUAUUUUAUGGGAAAAACCUGAGCCAAUUCCUAGAUUUGCAUUAUUAUCAAAAAUACAAAAUGUGGAUGGAGUUUAUUGUUUAUUAACAGACAAAAUAGAUGAAGAAGUUUUAAAUGCAGCAGGAUCACAAUUAAAAGUUGUGGCUUCUAUGUCAGUUGGUGUUGAUCACUUAGAUUUACAAGCUUUAAAAAAGAGAAAUAUUAAAGUUGGCUAUACUCCUGGUAUUUUAACAGAUGCCACAGCAGAAUUGGCUGUAGCAUUAUUGUUGUCUACAUCUAGAAGACUGAUAGAAGCAAACAGAGCCAUUUAUAAGGGUGAAUGGAAAGCAUGGUCACCGACAUGGAUGUGUGGACCUGGAUUAUCUGGAUCAACAGUUGGAAUAGUAGGAUUAGGUCGUAUUGGUACUCAAGUAGCAAAAUGUCUUAAAGGAUUUAACACUGCUAAAAUAUUAUAUACAAGUAGAAGUAUUAAGCACGCAGCAAUUCAAUUUGGAGGAGAAAAAGUAGAACUUGAUACAUUGUUGGAAAGAAGUGAUUUUAUAAUUGUAACAACAGCUUUAACUCCAGAUACAAGACAAAUGUUUAACAAAAAUACAUUUCAAAAAAUGAAAAAAUCUGCUAUAUUUAUAAAUGUUAGUAGGGGAGAUGUUGUUGAUCAACCUGCUCUGAUAGAAGCUUUAAAAAAUGGAAUAAUCAGAGCUGCUGGUUUAGAUGUUAUGACUCCUGAACCUAUUCCAUUGGAUAAUGAGCUACUGAAGUUAGAUAAUUGCGUUAUUCUACCUCAUAUUGGUAGUGCUGCUAUAGAAACGCGAGAAGAAAUGUCAAUAAUUACUGCUAAAAAUAUUAUGGCAGUCUUGAAAGGAGUCCCUGCUGAAAUGCCUAGUCCACUUCAAUUAUAAAUAUUACUUAUAAUAUCACAAAUAAAUAUAUAAGAAACUAAA